CGCUCCCUUCAGUCAGUUCUUUCUGGGUGGCUUGCCUUGCCGUUCACGACGACUAUCAUCGGACGUGUCGUUUUCCGGUGUUCUCAGUUUGACUUCUGCAGCCAGCACCUGUCAAUUGCAGCGGCCCCACUUCGUUCGGCGUGUGUGUCUGUGUGGAUGUGUGGAUGCCCACACAAGUAAGAUAGUAAGAAGCACCCCGAGAGAGAGAGCGACAAUAUUAGUGAAAAGACAACUUUGCGCACCGCUGACUUGGAUUUUUCGCAGCCUUUUUGCAACAAUUUUGGUUGAUGCUUUUUUGCUUUUUUUCCCGCGUCCGCCUGGGUUUUAGCAGAACAAUGUUAUGAACUAUGAUGACGAUGAUCUGCCGGCGAUUUGGGGAGAUUACUAGAGAAGGUGUCUAGUCGUGCGCCUGCCUGACUGGGAUUUUUCACACUGGAUUUUUCCGGGAUUUUCCUCAUUUUCAAGCAACACUGUGGUGAUCCAGAGCUAUCAGCGAACUGAGUGAGUCAAGAAUGUCACUACUGACCCCAGGCCGUGAGUAGUUCAUACACGUGAGGGGAACGAACACACUGGGACGUCUUCUUCUUCUUCUUCUUCUGUUGGCACUGCUGUGAGUUAUCCAAUUUCUGGCUCAACGAAGUGUCGGUCGAAUUUCUGAUUUUGAGUUAGUGUUGAAUCCCUGAGUCUGUGCGUUGUGUCGAAUUUCUGACUCUGCAAACGUCGAAUCCUUGAGUCUGUGCGUUGUGUCGAAUUUCUGACUCUGCGAACGUCGAAUUUCUCAUUCUUCGUAGCGUCGAAUUUCUGAUUCUGCACCGUGUCGUCGAAUUCUGGGCUCAACUUUGUGUUGAUUUACUACUUUUGCUUGCGUAGUGUCGAAUUUCUCAAACGCGGGAUUCAAACAGCACUACAGUAAUUGACUUGAAAGACUCGCUUGUGGAUUUUUGCCUGUGUUUCUGUACUUGAGCAAGCGGCAUUCGAAGGACGCACAAGAGUUGAUUAUAUCUAUCUGCUGUCGAAAACGACGUAACAUUCUUGCUGAGUUUUUUAAAUUUUAUUUAGGCCUUCCAAAACUGGGAUCGUUUGUGAUAGAUCUACUUGAUUUUGGUUUUAUGGUUUAAUGUUUGAAAAGAAAGAUAUACUUUAACAAGAACAAGAGGAAGAUUUCUCGCCGAGUUGAGUAAAAACAACGAAGAACAAACGGGGAAACGGUCAUACAGUACAGAGGCGUUGACCCAAAGGAGAGGGACGGACGAGAAAAGCAGGUUGUGUUAUCUCAAGUGUAAAAGCCGUAGAUCUAUGUGAGAAGAUUCGAACCCGGACUGCCCAUGCACCACCCAAGCUACUACCCCUCCCAGGCCAGCAGCGCUGUGUCGCCCUUCUCCUCAUCGCCGCAUACUGGGUAGGUCAAGGUCAACAGUUUGGCGGGUACCACCACCUGAGCUCACCUGACCACAAGCGGGUGCUGUCCAGUGGCCAGUCAGACACGGUAGACAAGAACAUCAAAGUGACCUUAGAGAACAGAGACUUGUGGGGAAAGUUCCAUUCGUUGGGCACCGAGAUGAUCAUAACCAAGACAGGCCG